AUGCGCGUCGUCUCCUCCGUCUCAGUGGCACUUGCUGUGCAAGCCACCAGCAGCUGGGCUGCUCCCCUCACGCGGGACGUGCUUGACUCUCACAAGGACAUCGGUGUUGUCCUAGUAGAGGAUCGAUCCACUAGCAGUCUUGGGGAUUUGCUGGGACAAAUCCCCGGUCUUGAUGGCAUCAUCAAUGGUACCAUUGGUGAUCUCCUAGGCAAAAUUGGUCUCGGGAGUGUUCUCGAUGGAGGCCUUGAUAACUACCUCAAUGGCAGUGUCAUUGACCUUUUGGCCCAAAUCCCAGGCCUUGAGGGCGUUUUGGGUGGCGGUGUCGAUGGUCUUUUCAACAGCACGUUCGGCAACAUUGCACACAACAUUUCUGGCCUUAACACGACCCUCAACGGCGAUUUUGAUCUCAGCAGCGCUCUCAAUACUACCAUUGGCGACGUUGUGAGCAACACGGGUAUCCUUGAUGGCGGCCUGGAUGGUAUUCUCAACAAAACAAUUGCCGAGCUGGUUUCAAGCUUUGGAGUCUCUCUUGAUGUGGCUGCCAUUGGCAACAGCACAGUCCAAGAUAUACUAGCACAAAUACCAGGCCUAUCCGAUUACUUCGGCGGUAUCAUUGGAUCUCUCAUCAAUCUAAUUCCCGGCCUAAGCGAUAUUCUCAAGCUCACUGUCAACGAUCUUUGCAUCAAGAUCGGAAUCAGCGGCGGAUUAAACGGCGUUUUGAACGUGCCCAUCAAAGACUUGUUGAGCCUGAUUCCUGGGCUGUCUGGUGUAGCCAAUGGCAACCUUGACGGUGCUCAAAACGUGACAAUUGGCGGUCUGGUGGACAAUAUUCCCGGACUAUCAAGCAUCCUUGAUGGCGGAAUUGAUGGUAUUCUCAAUUCGACCGUCAAAGAUCUGCUCAGCAAGAUCCCCGGCUUGGACAGCAUCCUGAACAACGGCCUGAUCACUAGCAUUCCCGGUCUUAGCGACAUCCUGAACAGCACUGUCAGCGAGCUCCUGGGUGGUAUCUUCAAUCAGACUAUCAACGGCCUCGCAACCCAGUUCCCAGCUCUCUCCGGCGCUAUUGACGGACUCAAGAGUAUCCUUACUGGAACUGUCAGCAACCUGUUGGGCAACAUUGGUCUCUCCAGCACUCUUAGCGAUGGUACUGAUGGUGUCCUGAAGGUUUCUGUCAAGAGUGUCCUAGACAACAUCCCCGGUCUUUCUGACCUGAUCGGUGGCAUUGACGGCAGUAUCUUGGACAAGAUUCCUAUCAUUGGCGAUCUCUUUGGAAAAAAGUCAUCUUGA